AUGUCACCGUCCAGAUCUCCAGUGGAGAGCGGGAAGAGAGCCGAAAUCGCCAAGUGUCAGGGGGAGAUCGAAAGGCUGCGGGAAGAGCUUGCCAAGAGAUCCCUGUGGAUUCCUGACUCCCCAUGUCCCCCUGCCAGCAGGAGGCUCACCCCUCGCCGCGACGUUCCCUCAUAUCCCAAGUACACCCUCUCUCCAGAGACCAUCGAGGCACUGAAGAAGCCAACCUUCGACAUCUGGCAGUGGGCUCCCAACGAGAUACUGAGUUGUAUCGAAUACAUGUUCCAUAGUCUGGGCCUGGUCCACCAGUUUAACAUCAAUGCCAUCACUCUGAAGCGAUGGCUGCUGAGCGUCCAGGAGAACUACAGGCAGAAUCCGUUCCACAACUUCCGUGACUCCUUCUGCGUAACCCAGAUGAUGCAUGGCAUGAUCCAACUGUGUGAGCUGCAGGCCCGGCUGAAACCCAUAGAGAUCUUGAUCCUGAUGACCUCUGCUGUCUCCCACGACCUGGACCACCCCGGGCUCAACAACACAUACCAGGUCAAUGUUCAGACCAAUCUCGCAUGUCGCUACGGCAACCAAUCCUCCCUGGAACAGCACCACUGUGCCGUGGCCUUCCAAUUACUCUCAGAGCCUAACACUGACAUCUUCGCUGGCACAGAGACGAGAGUCUCGGAGGAGAUCCGGAAGGGGAUGACGGAGCUGAUCUUGGCCACAGACAUGGUGAGGCACGGGGACAUCAUGGAUGCGUUUGCACAAUGCCUCGAUGUGUUCGACUACCAGAACCAGGAACACGUCCGACUGCUGGAACAAGUACUGAUCAAAUGCUGUGACACCUCCAACGAGGCGCGUCCCACCCAGGUCUCUGAGUCCUGGCUCGACUGUUUGUUACCCGAGUACUUCAUGCAGGGAGACUGGGAGAAGUCUGAGGGUUUACCAGUGUCGCCCUUCAUGGACCGGGACUGGGUGUGGAAAUCUCACACACAGAGCGCAUUCUUCACUUCCACCCUCAUGCCCAUGUUCGAGUCCUUGACCAAGCUCUUCCCCCAGCUGGAGGAGGUGAUGCUGCAUCCCCUGAGGCUGGCGAGGGAUCAUUAUCAGCAGCUCAGAGAGGGGGAGAUGGCGAGACUGGAGGUGCCAUUGAAGCCCACCGUGGCAUCUGUCUCCAUCUGA